UUGCAGUCAAAACAGGAAAAAAGUGUGUAAAUUACCAUAUUUUGUAGCAGAUUUUGUUCUCAGUUGAAAAUCCCCUUCAGUUAGCUUAUCGAGAUAAAACUCCGCACCGCAAAACUCUGAUUUGUAGUGUUUCGCCGUUUAUUUUGAUCGAACAAUUCCUUUCCCUUUCGGGACCCUCCGGUAGAGUGCAGCUAUUCGAUGAGUAAGAUGACGAAGAACAAAUUGAAUCUAACACUGCCACCGGGUUCGGUGGAUGUUCCGACCGGUCAGCAGACGACCCCCACGCCAUCCUUCAAGACCCCGUCCGGCACAGAGUACGUCAUUGGAAAGCACAACCUGCUGGGAAAACCGAAGAACAGCAUCGACGCCCUGACGGAAACACUGGAAGAGCUGGAAAUCGACGAAAAUGCUCGCAAGAGAAUUAAAGUUUUUCUUAGCCAGAAGGAAAAAAUCGGUGAACUGAGCGAUGAAGAUCUGGAAAAGCUAGGUGAACUAGGUUCCGGCAACGGGGGAGUAGUAAUGAAGGUUCGGCACAUUCCAACGCAGCUAAUCAUGGCCCGGAAGUUGAUACAUCUGGAGGUGAAACCGGCCAUCAAGAAGCAAAUCAUCCGCGAGCUGAAGGUUCUGCACGAUUGUAACUUUCCUCACAUUGUCGGCUUUUACGGGGCGUUCUAUAGUGAUGGCGAGAUCAGCAUCUGUAUGGAGUACAUGGAUGGGGGCUCGCUGGAUUUGAUUCUGAAGCGAGCGGGACGUAUACCGGAACCGAUUCUGGCGAAGAUUACCUGCGCCGUUCUGAAGGGGUUGAGUUAUUUGCGUGAUAAGCAUGCCAUCAUGCAUCGGGAUGUGAAACCGAGCAAUAUCCUGGUGAACAGCAGCGGGGAAAUUAAGAUCUGUGAUUUCGGCGUUUCGGGACAGCUGAUUGACUCGAUGGCUAAUUCCUUUGUCGGUACCAGGAGUUAUAUGUCGCCGGAACGUCUACAAGGUACCCACUAUUCGGUCCAAUCAGACAUCUGGUCGUUGGGACUUUCGUUGGUGGAAAUGGCUAUCGGAAUGUACCCGAUUCCACCGCCGGAUGCGAAAAUGUUGGACUACAUCUUUCAGGACAAGGGUGACGACAGUUCGCCCGGUCAGAACAUUAUCGAGCCAAAACCGAUGGCCAUCUUCGAGCUGUUGGACUACAUUGUGAACGAACCGCCUCCAAAGUUGGAGCAUCAUUCGUUUACGGAUCGCUUCAAGGAUUUCGUGGAACGAUGCUUGAAAAAGAAUCCAGAAGAACGUGCCGAUUUAAAAACCCUAAUAAAUCACGAUUGGAUCAAAAAUAUCGAGCAAGAAGAUGUGGACAUCGCCGGUUGGGUGUGUAAAACGAUGGACUUGCUUCCUUCCACACCGAAAAGGAACGCUUCACCUAAUUAAAAAGAGAGGAAAUUCGCAUGCAGAUUUCUACAUCGAUCGAUCCAUACAAUUUACCGGGCAACCGCCUGCCAACAAAAUUUAUAUGAAUGUGCAUCAGCCCCUCUAGUUCGGCGUGUAGAUUAAGUUCGGAACUUCCAUGGGAAUGUUCCGUAUAGUCUCCAAAUUUACAUUUUCUCUAGUAUGUAGAAAUUACAAACAAAAACCAGUAUAUUCAGAAUACUGACCUGUGAAGCUGUUGGGAGUGUGAGUGAUUGAAAAUGAGAUUUCUUUCGAGUUAUUUUGUAUUGCUCGACUUAUGUUUUCGUUCGUGUCUACAGUGUAGACUUUUAUCAUUUGAAAAUGGUUGAAACGUGUUUUAUUAGUUCAUAAGGUUUAUGUUUGAAUACAUCCUGCGUUGCCACUUCGAGUACAUUAUUCGUUCCUUUAGAUCCAAAAUGCGAGUAACGAAAGUGUAAAUGAGUACAACUUAGCUAUUGCAAUAGGCAAACGGAGAUACUACCUGUAUUGGUGCAAAAGAUACGAAAUGGAAUAACCAACAGCAGAAAAAUACAAACAAGAAAAUAAAUAUGUAACAACGCAUUCCGCAUCUAACCUAAACUAGGCAAUAUCGUGAGACUCGCUCUGACGUUCGCGAGGGAAGGAAAGAGACACUCCUGCACCAAUCAAAACCUUGCUCUCCAAGAGAAUCUGCACACUUUGUGGAUAUAAACCUUUACAUCCUCGUAGUUUAGACCAGCAAUAUCAUGAUGAACUGAAGAAAAAAUACACAGAUGGCGGAUGCCGCGCGGUUCCGGCCUGUGCGGCACCUUUCGCAACUGAUCAAAAAGUUGCGGUGCAACACUCAACCCGAGAUUUGUG